ACUGGCUCCAGUGCCGGCUAUGCACACAAAUUUGGAGGGGCACGAGCACAAGGGCAGUGGAACACUUUUUGAAGUUGUGUCCGUUGAGGACAGGUGAGAUGGUGCACAAGCUCAUUGUCGCCGGUGCGAAGGUGUUGCCGAGCGACAAAAAGACGCAGUACCUCCUCAAGAACUAUAGGCAGUUGCAUGGCAUUGGGGAAGGGGGGACGACUGCGACGGAGACUCAGGUCGCGGACUCCGAGCCGUUCGUUUGCGGGUACGAGGAGUCGCAACCACCAGCCACUGCGGGGAUGGCACCACCGAAAACAGCUUCCUGGAACGAGCCGGUCGCCGCUGCAGAUGAGGGGCUUGCGGAAGGUUCAGGGUCGAACAUGAGGGUGGCAUCACUGCAGCAAACAUCAAUCAAGAGAUGGGUGGACAACGAUGCACAGAAGAAGUUGGAUAUUGCGUGGGCGGAGGCGAUGUUCCGUGUUGGCAUUCCAUUUAACUUCCUGAACUUCGACACGACGCAGAAGCUCCACGAAGUUUACUUGGAAGUGGCGAGCGCUCUUCUGGUGGCCACAGUGUCAAUGACGGCAAGGAAGAAAACAGCGCAGGCGUUGGCAAAGUUGUGGGAGCAGAUCAUGAGGGAGAUAGGGGUGCAUCCCAUCGACGCGAUCUGCACUGACAAUGCCGAGGUGAACAAGAAGGCUGCUCAAAUUCUGGAGCGGCGCACGGACAAGGACAUUGCACGGAUUUCAUGGGUUCCUUGCGCUGCGCAUUGUUGCAGCCUUUUGCUGCGAGACAUCAGCAAGAUAGACAGGGUGAAGAGCACUGUCAAGAGAGGCCACACGAUUGUGAAGUUCAUCCGGAACCACCACUCCACGAAUAGACUAAUGAUGUCCAUGGACGAUUCCUUGACAUUGCUUCGUCCUACGGAAGUUUGGUUCGGGUCCGUGUACAUUAUGUUGGAGAGGCUUCUGAACAGGAAGGCAGUGUUGUCCGAUAUGGUGGAUCGGAAAAAUGCAGCACGCUGGACGGGGAUCCAUAGGUCCACUGCGAAGUUGAAGUCCAAAACAGACCUGGUUUACUUCACCCUGAGGAAAGACGGCUGGUGGACGAAGUUGAAGAAGGUGGUCGACGUCAUGGAACCGUUGUACAGCCUUCUCAGGAGGAUGGAUCGGGAUGGAACAUCGCCGACAAACCUUGUCGAAUACGACGACCUGAUUGAAAGGAAACUGGCUCACGUCGUUCUCAUUGAGGAGCAGCGGAGACAGGUUGGAGGUCCUUGGAAAGGGCCAGACCACCUUGAGGUUUUGGGUAACCUGCACGAGUUUCACAAGGAGCCCACGCCGAGCGGGCCCAAGAGAAAGGACAAGAAGAUGUGGGAGCCCGAUGCGAAGGUUGAUUGCGAGAAGCUCACACCGUCAGAGUGGUGGGCGACUUAUGACGGCGAUGUCCCCGACUUGCACGCCAUUGCCAUCAAAGUGAUGGGCAUGUGGAGUACAGCAACCCCGGCUAAGAGGAAUUGGUCGUCCAUGGACCUCGUGCAUUCGAAAAGGAGGAAGAGGUUGAAGGCCGAAACAUUGGAGAAGCUGGUGUACAUCCAUUGGAACAUGCAACUGCUGCGUGCUGCCAACAACAGCGGUGCCAACGGCAAGGGCUACGUCGAUUUGUGGAGUUCGUUCUUCGAGGCUAUUCCGGAUCCAGAUGAGAACGACGGAUCUAUCUUGAGGGGCUCUGAGGAAGAAACUAAGAAGACGGAUGAGGAGCUGGUGCGGCAAAGUAGCUUCGUGAAGACACCGAAGGGAAGGAUUCCAAAGAAGCUCGAGGACGAAGAGGAUGAGUGCACCGACGACAGUGACUUGGAUGAUGAGUUGUGGAAGGGGAAGUGUGGAUUGUCGGAUGAGACGAGCAGCGCGGAGGAGGAGGAGGAUGAAAGUGAUUCCGAUUUUGAGUUGGGCACUACUUAUGUUGGUAGGAGAGAACCUGCAGGGCGUCGGAGGGAGAAGCAGCCCGCGGUUUCUGCACAGGCCGGGGGGGGAAGCUCCUCCCAAUACCAUCCUCAGUUUGACGUAGAGUUCCAUCACAUGGACACGGACAUCGAGUUGCUGCUGCAAAGUAGUCCGGUUGAUGAAGACGAGGCGGAGGCCGACCGUGCGAAGGCAUUAGCAAAUCACGAUAGAGACGCCGUCCAAAAACGGAUCACGGAAGAGGACGCCCGACGCGCAGCAAUCCCGACCCGGAGGGAGAUUGAGAGACGCAAGAAGAAGGUUGGGGAGAAGGAACCGGAGACACGUCGAGCAUGUGGCGCUGUGCAAGAGGAAGAUGAGGAAGAGCAACAGCAAAGUGGACCGGUUUUGAAGGUGGCGGACCAGCAAGAGGCGGAGCACCGCAAAGAGGCGGACCAGCAAGAGGCGGAGCACCGCAAAGAGGCGGAGGAGAAGGACCAGCAAGAGGACAACAAAGACAUGGACCACCUACAAGAGGCGGAGAAGGAGCACGGAGAAGACGACGAGGAGAUGGAACAUGAAGAGACGAGGAGGGGAUGGAGAGAAGGAUUGGAGGAGGCCAUGGAACAGCAAGAAGAUGCGGAGGGCAUGGAACAACAGGACAUGCAGCACAACGUGGAUAACGAGGACGGUGAAGAGGACCACCGGCCUGCAGUGAAGACUGUGUACACGCGUAGGCAACGACCGGUUGUGUCCGCACAGUCUGUUGAGAACUCACCCGACUUCCCUCCAAGCAAUGAGGCUGUCCAACAUGACAACCUGUGGGUGAGCAGGGUGGGGAGGAAGAGGAAGGAACCGGUGGAGGAUGCUGCUGCGAAGCAUAAUCGUGCUUGUGGCAGGCCCCGCAAGCUGAAGACCGCUGAACCCGGUGCAAAAAAAAAAAAAAACAUUCGCCAGCGCAAGGCUAGCGCGGAGGUUGUGGAGGAUGACCCCGAUUCAGAUAACUGCAGUGAACGGUCAUCAGAAUUUGAGGGAAGCCACUCCGAUGGCGAAUGAG